AUGUCGGGUCAGACGCUGACGGACCGCAUCGCCGCGGCGCAGUACAGCCUGACGGGAUCCGAGGUGCCCCGAGCUGUGUGUAAAGCCACCACACAUGAGCAGACAGCUCCAAAGAAAAAGCACCUGGAAUACCUGAUCCAGGCCACCCAGGAGUCCAAUGUGAACGUCCCCCAGUUGGCCGACACGCUGAUGGAGAGGGCCGGCAACGCCAGCUGGGUGGUGGUUUUCAAAGCCCUGAUCACCACACACCACCUCAUGGUACAUGGCAAUGAGAGAUUCCUGCAGUUCCUGGCAUCUAGAAACACCCUGUUCAACCUCAGCAACUUCCUGGACAAAACCGGCUCUCAUGGCUAUGACAUGUCCACAUUUAUCAGACGCUACAGCCGCUAUCUCAAUGAGAAAGCCUUCGCCUACAGACAGAUGGCUUUCGACUUUGGCCGAGUCAAGAAAGGAGCUGAGGGAGUGAUGAGGACCAUGUCAGUAGAGAAGCUGUUGAAAGGAAUGCCCACCCUGCAGAGCCAGAUUGACGCGCUGCUGGAUUUUGAUGUGCAUCCACAGGAACUGAACAAUGGAGUGAUAAAUGCCUGCUUUCUCCUACUAUUUAAAGAUCUGAUCAAGUUAUAUGCCUGCUACAAUGACGGCAUCAUUAACCUGCUAGAAAAAUUUUUCCAGAUGAAGAGAAGCCAGUGUAAAGACGGGCUGGAGAUUUACAAGAGAUUCCUGACACGAAUGACUCGGGUUUCUGAGUUCUUCAAAAUUGCGGAGCAAGUGGGAAUAGACAAAAAUGACAUACCUGAACUCACUGAGGCCCCGGAAAGUCUUCUGGAGUCCCUGGAGACCCAUCUCAACACACUGGAGGGGAAGAAGCCAGAGGAUAAGUCACCCACUAAGGAUGCGACAGCCAACAACACCUCGCCAGCUGCUGCUGCUGCGCCAGCCAAGCCUGCGCCUCCUGCUGCCGCCGGCGGGCCCCCUGCUCGCCCUGGGCCGCCUGCCAAACCUCCUCCGCCCUCAGUCACCCCUACCGCACCAGCCCCCACCAACACCACUACCAGCAAUGCCCUUGAUGAUGGGUUCUUGUUGGAUCUAGACCCAAUUUCCUCCUCAUCAACAGGGGGCGCUGCAGCAGCUUCCUCCAUCACUGGAUGGGGCGAUCUCUUGGCUGAGGCGUCCCCUGCUGCCCCUGAUGGAGCCUCUGAAGCUCUCCUGGUGGAGGGAAAGGCUGCAGAUGCCGAUGCUGCAGCUGCUACCCCUGCAGCUGCCACGCCCACAGCCGCCGCCCCUACCACUACCACUGGGGCCACACCAGUGCCCGCCUCUCUGCCCGUCCCAGCUCCUGCCACCACCUCAGCCACCGACAUCGACCUUUUCGGAGAUGCGUUUGCACCUUCCCCAGGAGAUGGUCCUGCUGCCGUGGCCGCGGGCCCCGCUGCUGAUGCGUUUGGUGGAUCUGACCCCUUCGCUACAACGGAGGGGGGGAGUGGAUGUGAGCUGCAGAGCUUGAGCUGACCUGUUGCUUGAGGCCGCCGGGUCGCGCCGCGCGCCAUCACCCCUCCCACCUCUAGCGCCGCCAUCGCAUCGCCGCUGCCGCGCCCCCCCCCUUCCUCCACCACCACCACCACCACCACCGACACCACCACCACCACAGAGUCUGCAGCCGCCCCGACUCUAGAUAUCUUUGGUGAUAUGUUUGAUUCUAUGCCUGAGCAAAGCCCCACCACAGAAUCCAAAGCUGCUACCACUCCUAGCGUAGACCUUUUUGGUGCAGACCUCCCUGCUGUUUCACGCGGGCCCUCUCCUUUGCCCGAGCCGACUCCUGCUGGAGACAUUGUAACGGACUCAUUUACAUCUCCAGCUCCUGCCGCUGCUCCUCCUGCCACUGCUCCUGCGGCAGCUCCAGCCUCGUCUCCACCCAAAGCAGAGCCGGUGCCAGUCAUUGACCUGCUGGACUCCUUCAGCGGUCCGGUGGAGGAAACGCAGAGCUCUGCUCCUGGAGGGCCUACAGACGACCUGCUGGGAGGCCUGAUGUCCCCCACCCUGGCCCCCACUGCCGCCCCAGCUCUGGCACCCUUGGCUCCGGCUCCAGCCUCAGCUCUGGUGCAGGAUGACCUCUUGGAGUCGAGCUUUGACGCUCUGGGCUCCCUGCCUUCUCCAACGCCGCCCGUACCUGCUGCAGUUGCGGCAGUACCGAUAGUGCCAGCUCCAGCUCCAGCAGCAGCACCACCACUAGAACCUGCAAUCACCACACCGGCGCCCUCUGGUGGCUUUGAUGCUUCAAUGUUUGGUGGAUUAGGCGACUUGCUGAUGCCCGCCGUAACGCCCCAGAGCACUGGGGGCAGCACUGCUGGAAGCACAGCUGGAAGCAUGGGAACUCCCGUUGCAGUGGGAGGCAUUGCAGCCGCUCCCCCCGCCACCCCACCUUCCACCAAAACCAUUGGAGGAGAUCUGGACUUGUCACUGGCCAACCUGGUUGGAGACCUUGGAGUAAAGAAAAAAGACCCACAGAGUGAGAAGAAGCUGACAGGAGGCGCCAACUGGAUGCCACAGGUAGCUCCCACAAGCUGGGCUACACCAGGAGCCCCCAUGGCUGGCGCCACCCCUGGAGCUCCUGGGGCACCGGGAGCAGCUCCACCUGGUGGAGCCAUGGUGCCACCAAUGAGCGCACAGCCUGGCUUCGGCAUGGCUCCAGCAGGAGGGCCUGGAGCACCCAUGAUGCAACCAAUGAUGGGGCAGCCCCUGAUGGGACAGCCCAUGCUGAGACCUCCCUUCACAGGGGUGGCUGGAGCUGCUCCUGGAGCCGCUGCACCAGGAGCACCGCUCUCUCCAGGGCCUGCAAGCCAGAGUCCCAAGAAGCCCAAGGACCCUCUGGCAGAACUCGAUCUCAAGGACUUCUUAUAACGCCCGAG